CUCAGUUCGAGUGGCAGGCCCUCAAGGCUCGCCACGAUUCCUCUCUUAUUCAGCACCAACUUAGCACUGCAGGAAGUGGCAAUAUGAGAAAAUUAAAACUCUUUGUGUACUUGAGAGGCGUGAUCUCAUUUCAAAGCAAACAAUGCGCGAAAAAUAUCCAGUCUUUCCACUUAGCGAGGCCAGAAAUUAUGCAAUGUUCCAGGUCCUUCAUCCCGCUGAGGAGGAACUCGCUCUUCCCAUCCACGAGAACUACAAACCAUGUCCUGGAAUUAAAGGAAAUAAACCGUGUGCCCUUAAGCGUCAUGUGCUGGCAAGCUUUUCAGCGGAGUAGACACGAGGGUAAAGGUCACUGGAGGUCAAGAUGGAAAUCCCGAGAAAUGGACGUCUCUUUGCCGGCCACUCUCGGACUGGUCACGGCCUUCUGCUGGGACAUGAACAGAGAGAAGAACGUCAACGAGCGCGAGUUCCUCCUGGCUGCAAUGGUUGGGAAUAUUCCUAGGAUGGAGGAAUACCUAAAGAAGGGCGUGGAUGUAAAUUGUCGUCACCCGUAUGGUUGGACGGCACUUCAUUCAGCAGCUGCUAAUAGUCGUCCAGAAGCUGUGAGAUUCUUACUUAAAAAUGGGGCGGAUCCAAACUUGGCAGAUACUUUUUCAAAUAUAUAUCAGGUUGCACGUGAAAACAGAACAUCACCUGUAAGUGUUGAAGCGAUAAGAGAGGGUGAGUUUUGCACAUUGUUCAACCAUAGUCGAAUGUUCCGUGGGUGUACAGCCCUCCACUAUGCUGUACUUGCCAAUGACCCAGAGAGUAUUCAGAUAUUACUAGAUGCUGGUGCAAACCCAAUGCUGGAAAAUGAAUAUCGUUUCAAACCAGAAGAUUACUCGAGGGAUAUUGGAAUGAGGACAAUGAUGCAGAGGCAUUCUGAAAAGUACAUUGCCAAGCAAAAGAAGGAGGAAAUGGAAGAACGAAGGAAAUUUCCCCUAGAACAAAGAAUCAAACAGAGAAUAAUUGGCCAAGAGGGAGCCAUAGCAACGGUUGCUGGUGCCAUAAGGAGGAAAGAGAAUGGUUGGUAUGAUGAAGAACAUCCGCUUGUGUUCCUCUUCCUUGGUUCUUCAGGAAUAGGUAAGACAGAGCUGGCCAAGCAAGUGGCUGAAUAUCUGCACAAGGGAAAGAAAUCAUCUUUCAUUCGCAUUGACAUGUCAGAGUACCAGCAGAGGCAUGAAGUGGCCAAGUUCAUUGGUUCCCCCCCUGGAUAUGUUGGGCAUGACGAUGGAGGGCAGCUAACCAAGAAGCUAAGAGAGUGUCCCAAUGCUGUGGUUUUAUUUGAUGAAGUAGAAAAGGCACAUCCUGACGUUCUUACCAUUCUGCUGCAGCUGUUCGAUGAAGGCAGACUAACUGAUGGAAAAGGAAAGACUAUUGAGUGUAAGGAUGCAAUCUUCAUCAUGACAUCAAACCUUGCAAGUGAUGAGAUUGCUGAAUAUGGAAUACAGCUGAGAGAAGAAGCUGAUAAAAUUAGCAAAACUAGAUAUGAAGGACAGCCUGAAGAUCUAGAAAUUACUGAGACUAUCACCGUAUCACGGAGGUUCAAAGAGAAGAUUGUUCGUCCUAUUCUGAAGAGUCAUUUCCAGAGAGAUGAGUUUCUAGGAAGAAUAAAUGAAAUAGUUUAUUUCUUGCCAUUUUCAAGAUCAGAACUUUUGAAGCUUGUGAGGAUGGAACUUGAAAAAUGGGUCAAACAGGCUCGUGAGAAGCAUAGCAUUGAGAUGAAGUGGGAUCCCAUGGUUUUGGAUGUCUUGGCUGAUGGCUAUAAUGUUUACUAUGGGGCACGUUCAAUUAAACAUGAGGUUGAACGUCGCCUGGUUAAUCAGCUCGCCCUGGCCUAUGAAAGUGGUCUUGUGACACCUGGCUGCACAGUAUACAUCUACACAGAUAUUCCUUCGACUGAAGAAGAAAAAGCCAAGCUACAGGAUUCUCCAGCACCCAUCAAAAUACGCGUCAGAUCAAAAGAUGCAGACAGUUUCACGGAAGUAGACCCAAACUCAGCUUUGAAAACACAGGAUAAAGAGGAGUAACAUUAGGAAGUCAUAGUGCUAAGGAAAAAAUUUGUGCUGAAUUUUAUUAUUUACUUUUUAUUGCUAAAGCUAUAUAUACUCCAAAUAAAUCCACUAGAACCUUUUCUUCUCACACUAAAAAAAAAUUGAGAAAAAAUAGAUUUCCAUGUCAUGCAUUUAGUAAUUUAUUGGAUUAGUAAAUUUCCCCCCUCCCCCCCAGAGGAUUGUAAAUACUAUUGUAUUAUGUAAAUAUUUAUGGGUUUUUAUUGUGUAUACUGUAAAUAAAAUAGGAAAAUAUUAACCAAUAAGAAUUGUAGCAAACAAGUAAUGUGUAUGUGCAUUUACUGUAAAUGAAAAUGACUUCAAGAUA